GUGCCGGCGCGGGCGGGGGAAACAAGGCGUGCACUGGGGCGCAGGCGCAGUGGCCGGACGACGGACCUUGAGUUUCCAAAAUGGCUGCAGCGAUGGAUGUGGAUACCCCGAGCGGCACCAACAGCGGCGCGGGCAAGAAGCGCUUUGAAGUGAAAAAGUGGAAUGCAGUAGCCCUCUGGGCCUGGGAUAUUGUGGUUGAUAACUGUGCCAUCUGCAGGAACCACAUUAUGGAUCUUUGCAUAGAAUGUCAAGCUAACCAGGCGUCUGCUACUUCAGAAGAGUGCACGGUUGCGUGGGGAGUCUGUAACCAUGCUUUUCACUUCCACUGUAUUUCUCGCUGGCUCAAAACACGGCAGGUGUGUCCAUUGGACAACAGAGAGUGGGAAUUCCAAAAGUAUGGGCACUAGAAAAAGAGAAUCCUUCCCUCAAGCUCAACUAUUUUGUUAAUUCAUUUAAUGACUUGCCUUCUAAUUAUUAAUUAGAUAGAACCGUGUCUUUUCUGCUUUGUCUUUUCAUUUUGCUUUUCCUGCAGCCAUAUUGUAUUUUGUGUCAAAUAAAAUCCAGUUGGAUUCUAGAA